AUCAGAUCCCACUCCCAGUUUGGUGAUCUCUGCCAGAGAGCCACUGCUGCUUCGUGCUGUCCCAGCUGGACCCUGGGCAACUAUAUUGCUAUUCUAAACAACAGGUCAUCGUGUCAAAAAAUCGUAGAACGGGAUGUCUCUCACACCCUAAAGCUGCUUCGCACAUGUGCCAAAUACUACUACAACGGGACCCUGGGGCCAGACUGCUGGGAUAUGAAUGCCAAAAGGAAGGACCAACUCAAGUGUACAAACGUGCCUCGCAAAUGUACCAAGUACAACGCUGUUUACCAGAUCCUUCACUAUCUAGUGGACAAGGAUUUUCUAAGCCCAAAGACAGCUGACUAUGUCUUACCAGCUUUAAAAUACAGCAUGCUCUUCUCUCCCACUGAGAAAGGGGAAAGCAUGAUGAGCAUUUACCUAGAUAACUUUGAAAACUGGAACGCCUCUGACGGUGUGACAACCGUCACAGGGAUUGAGUUUGGAAUAAAACAUAGACUGUUUCAAGAUUACCUGCUGAUGGAUACUGUGUAUCCUGCCAUAGCCAUUGUGAUCGUUCUGUUAGUUAUGUGUGUAUACACAAAGUCCAUGUUUAUCACGCUGAUGACUAUGUUUGCAAUAAUUAGUUCCUUGAUUAUUUCUUAUUUUCUCUACCGGGUAGUAUUUAAUUUUGAGUUCUUUCCAUUCAUGAAUCUCACUGCAUUGAUUAUUCUUGUUGGGAUCGGAGCAGACGAUGCUUUUGUUUUAUGUGACGUUUGGAACUACACAAAAUUCGAUAAACCUCAUGCUGGAACCUCUGAGACAGUGAGCAUCACAUUGCAGCACGCUGCCCUUUCCAUGUUUGUCACGAGUUUUACUACCGCCGCUGCCUUCUAUGCUAAUUACGUCAGCAAUAUCACAGCCAUCAGGUGUUUUGGUGUUUAUGCUGGCACUGCCAUAUUGGUGAAUUACAUUUUAAUGGUUACGUGGCUGCCUGCCGUAGUUGUAUUACAUGAACGCUAUCUUCUCAAUAUCUUCAGCUGCUUUAAGAAACCUCAGCAGAGGGUGUACAACAACAAAAACUGCUGGACAGUGUUGUGCCAGAUGUUCCACAGGAUUAUUUUUGCAGUUUCGGAAGCAUCCAGGAUAUUUUUUGAAAAAGUUUUGCCAUGCAUUGUUAUCAAAUUUCGCUAUGUUUGGCUUUUCUGGUUCCUUGCCUUAACAAUUGGUGGAGCAUACAUUGUGUGUGUAAAUCCAAAGAUGAAAUUGCCGUCAUUGGAGCUUUCAGAGUUUCAGGUAUUUAGGUCUUCUCACCCAUUUGAACGAUAUGAUGCAGAAUACAAAAAGCUUUUUAUGUUUGAACGUGUUCACCAUGGAGAGGAGCUCCACAUGCCAAUCACAGUCAUCUGGGGUGUCACACCUGAGGAUAACGGUGACCCUUUAAACCCUAAAAGUAAAGGAAAGCUACAGCUAGAUAGCAGUUUCAAUAUCGCUAGCCCAGCCUCACAGGUUUGGAUUUUACGUUUCUGUCAGAAGUUAAGAAAUCAGACAUUCUAUCAUCAGACUGAAGAACAAGACUUCACGAGCUGCUUUAUUGAGACGUUUAAGCAGUGGAUGGAAAAUCAAGACUGCGAUGAGCCAUCUCUCUACCCCUGCUGCAGCCACUGGAGCUUUCCAAUAUGUAUCAAGAGAGCUAUAAUGGAGCUAGAAAGAAGCACAGGGUACCAUUUGGAUAGUAAAACCCCAGGGCCUCGCUUUGACCUAAACGACACCAUCAGGGCAGUGGUGUUGGAGUUCCAAAGCACCUACCUCUUCACGCUGGCUUACGAGAAAAUGCAUCAGUUCUACAAAGAGGUGGACUCAUGGAUUUCGAGUGAGCUUAGUUCUGCUCCUGAAGGGCUUAGCAACGGUUGGUUUGUGAGUAACCUUGAAUUUUAUGAUCUUCAGGACAGUCUUUCUGAUGGGACUCUGAUCGCCAUGGGUCUUUCGGUUGCUGUUGCGUUUAGCGUAAUGCUUCUUACAACCUGGAAUAUAAUUAUAAGCCUUUACGCAAUAGUUUCAAUAGCUGGAACUAUUUUUGUCACUGUAGGCUCUCUGGUUCUUCUUGGAUGGGAGCUAAAUGUGUUAGAAUCUGUCACUAUUUCGGUGGCUGUUGGCUUAUCCGUAGACUUUGCUGUUCAUUAUGGAGUGGCUUAUCGCUUAGCCCCUGACCCUGACCGAGAGGGAAAAGUCAUUUUUUCUUUAAGCCGUAUGGGUUCUGCUAUUGCCAUGGCUGCGCUGACUACCUUUGUAGCUGGAGCCAUGAUGAUGCCCUCUACGGUGUUGGCAUACACGCAGCUUGGCACUUUUAUGAUGCUUAUAAUGUGCAUUAGUUGGGCUUUUGCAACGUUCUUCUUCCAGUGCAUGUGCCGAUGCCUUGGACCCCAGGGCACCUGCGGCCAGAUCCCACUCCCCAAAAAAAUGCAGUGUAAUGCCUUCUCUCAGACCUUUUCCGGAGCCCAAGGAGGCAGAGGUCAGAGUAAAUCACAUCCUGUUAGCAAGUAUCAGCUGGACUCCAGAAGUCCAAAGCCAGAAACAGAGCACGAGCACUAUGAGCUGGAGCCUCUGGCGUCACAAACCAGCAUCUGCAACCCUGCGGAGAAAGUGGCUUACGAAGAAACUCAUAUCUGCUCGGAGCUCUUUGGCAGCAGGCCCCAGACCACAUGCCUGCCUGUGCAUUCAGCCUAUAAUAGCGAAGUGAGUAAAAGCAUAAAAAACGUUGCUGGUUCAGCUGUGCUGCAGACAUCUCUUGACCAACACACCAUCUGCCCCCUUUUCCCUCAGAACAGGCAGUGUAGCUGUCCCGACGCGUAUAAGCAAGUGGCGGUGAAGUGGAGCCCGCACUCAUGUCAGCAGUUAAGCGAUACCUUCUGUUACCAGUGUUCUCCUUCCCCCAGAACUGUACAGAUCCAAAGCUCUCUAGCUCCCAUAAAUGCUUUACAGCAAGCUGCCGAAGGUUACGUGCACCCAGUCCAGCAUGUCCUCCACUGCACCUGCCUUCAAGGAAGGCUCAAAAGAACGAUGACGCAGAACUUGCUGCCUAAAAAUGUUUUCCUCCAGUCAGUGCAGCAGUUCCAGGCACAUCAGAGAAUAAACAGGACAGAUCCACAUGCUCAUCAAAACCCAGAGGAAAACGUAAGAACUGUUCCAAAGGUGCUGAGCUCCUCACAGUUUCUCUGCCGAAACGCCGGAGCUCUAAUAGUGCAUUGCUCGGAAUGCGAGAACAGCCUAUCGAAUAACCAAACGGGAUUCUGCCAGCAGGCGGACACGUGUGAUGAAAAGGGUGGUGCAGAAGCCAACGGCGUUGAAGGCAAGAAACCCUCUCUGUCAAAGCAGAAAAAGAAAGCCGAGGGCAAGGUAGAUGAGCGUUCUUUGCAGAACGACCGGGUUUUGAAGGCUGACCAGAGUGAUAAAAGCCAUCUGCUGAACAGGUCAGGGAGAGAGGCUCGCUACGAGGGUUGCCGUGAGAAUUCACACUGUUGCAGCAAGGCUAUCGCAGUGAAGUGCAAUUCUGUUGACUGUCAAAUGCCAAACAUCGAAGCCAAUGUGCCUCCUAUGUUAAUGCGCCCAGAACUUUCCAAUGAAAGUUUGUUAAUAAAAACACUAUAAUAA